CAAACUGGAUUGUUCGAAUAACCCAGUGCCGACGAGAUUGUUGUUACUCUAUUCGGUAUAAACAAACAAUUGACGAACAAAAUGACUAAUUCAUCUAUUACGGAUCAGUCACUGAUGGACAAAUCAAUGAGGAGUGUUUUUGUUGGAAAUAUUCCGUACGAAGCUACAGAGGAGAACCUGAAGGAUAUCUUCAGUGAAGUUGGGCCAGUACUUUCAUUCAAAUUAGUAUACGACCGCGAAACAGGAAAACCCAAGGGCUAUGGUUUCUGCGAGUACAAGGAUCAGGAGACCGCUCUGAGUGCAAUGAGAAACCUAAAUGGUUACGAAAUUGGUGGAAGAACCCUGAGAGUCGACAAUGCAUGCACAGAGAAGAGUCGCAUGGAGAUGCAGAGUCUUCUGCAGGGUCAGAACACCGAUAAUCCUUAUGGGGAGGCUGUGCAGUCUGACAAAGCACCAGAGGCCAUCUCCAAGGCAGUAGCUUCACUACCACCAGAGCAGAUGUUCGAGCUGAUGAAGCAGAUGAAACUCUGCGUUCAGAAUAAUCCCAAUGAGGCGAGGCAGAUGCUCCUGCAGAAUCCACAGCUGGCUUAUGCCCUCCUGCAGGCUCAGGUUGUCAUGAGAAUUGUGGAUCCUCACACUGCUGUCAGCAUGCUGCACAAAGCCAAUCCCAUUCCCUCGGUGGUGAAUACAGUGGAGAAGACACCGAUUCACACACUUCCACCCAGGAUCGAGGAGCCCUGGGCUCCUAUCAGGCAGCCUCCGCUUGCCGUCAAUCCACCUGCACCUAUAGCUCCAAUUUUUUCAAGUCAAGAUGUUGAUUUGAGGACUUUGGACAGACAGAUCGAUCCCAGAUUAGCAAGGAUGGACCAGGAUCUGAGAACCCAGACGCAGCCACCACCAGUGCCAGUAGCUCCCCCAGUAAUUCCCCCGGUAGUGGACACUCGAGUUCCGGUUUUCAAUCCCCCAGACAAAUUCACUCCUUUGAUUAGCACUCUUCCUGUGGAGGGAAUCGAGAGCAGCUUCUGUCGAGAUCCAAGAGCAGAUCGAUUUGGGAGAGAUCCUCGUGACCCCCGGGAUCCCAGAAUGACAGUGGACCCCAGGAUGAACAAAUCCACUCCUCCAGUCCCAGUGGCACCUCCUCCAGUCCCUCGUCCAGUGCUGGCACCAGUCGCACCUCCAGCCAACGUCAACACAGUGAACACACCAACUUCUGCAACUGGACUUUCCGCAUCCAGUACAGCUGCGUCGAGACUCAUGGCAGGCAUGUCACCCGCCGGAAGCAUUCCCAGUGGAGCCUCUGACCAGGAGAAGGCUGCAUUGAUAAUGCAAGUGCUCCAGCUGAAGGACGAGCAGAUCGCCAUGCUCCCACCUGAGCAGCGGCAGAGCAUUCUGGUGUUGAAAGAGCAGAUUGCUAAGAGCACCCAAAGAUAAAUUUAAGGGUGAACAAGAUUGAAGUUUUAUUACAUUGUGAAUGAUUUUUGAAAUAUUAAAGUUAUCGAUGAUAACUUACUUUUUUCGUAAUAUCGUGACUGUAACCGUGAUGGGAAGUUUUCUAUUAAACCUUUAUUAUAAACUCAAGAUACACAGAAUGAUUAUCUAAAUGUUCUUUUAUUAUGAACGUAAUAAAAUUAUUACAAAGUA